AGAUAUUAAUAAAUAAACCCUUCAGCCCAGCACAGCAGCAGUAACCAUUGAUUGAUUCUGAUCCGAUCUGAUCUGAUCUGAUCGAUCGAUUCUGGUGCAACAAUGGAGGCCAACACCACCAUCAAUUUCUACGAAUCCGAGUUCUUCAACGCACAGACAGGCCGCUUCCAGCCCGUCUCCAUCCCCGUCGUCCAGGACCUCGCCCGUUCAAGCACCCUACCCGAGAGCUUCAUCCGGAGCCCCGGCCCGGCCCGGCCGCUCCCGCCGGGAGUGUUCGAGGCCGUCGACAUGGCCCGUCUCCGGGACCCGUCGGGCCGGGCCGAGGAGCUGCGGAGGCUGGGGCGAGUGUGCAAGGAAUGGAGCAUGUUCUUGGUGGAGAACCACGGCGUCGAUCCGGCGGUGGUCGACGCCCUCCGGAGGGUGGUGAAGGGCUUUUUCGAUCUGCCGUUUCCGGAGAAGAAAUCGUCGGUAGGGACGUACAAUAACACCGACAAUUUGGGGUAUGGCCGGAAUUUCGUCAAGUCGGAAGAUCAGCCGUUGGAUUGGAUAGAUCGGUUGGCUAUGAAGGCAGCGCCGGAAGGGGCCACCGACGGCCUCCGCGUUUGGCCGGAAAAUCCACCCGAUUUCAGGGCGGCGAUGGAGGAGUAUGUGAUAGCUGGGCGGAAAGUUCUAGACGAGGUCCUUGAAGCGUUGGCGGAGUCCAUAUCCCUCCCGAAGAAUGCAUUCUCCAAAAGCUUCAAUCUACAAACAAGUGAAGUUAACGUUCGAGUCAACUAUUAUCCUCCCAGCCCUAAUCCCGACCUAACACUCGGCAUAACUCCCCACAGCGACAACAGCAUGCUCACUCUCCUAAUCCAAUUCGACUCCACAAAUGGCCUUCAACUCUUCAAGAACGACCAAUGGCUCACUGCGCCGUGGCCACGCAAUGCAUUGCUCGUAAAUUUGGGUGACCUAAUCGAAAUAUCUAGCAAUGGCAGGCUCCAAAGCUCGUGGCAUCGGGCAGCUUCUCAGCGACAUGUGGAUAGGUACUCGGUCGCUUUGUUAUAUCGCCCGGGAGAAAAUGAGGUCAUCGGAAACGACAGCGGUGAGUAUGGGAGAGUUGUGGUGGGAGACUACGUCAGGAAUUAUUACAAGGUAAGCCCAACGCCUACUAAAGAAACUGCCCUAUCCUUUGCUAAAUUUAAGAAAUGAAUUUCAUUUUGUGGACAGUUAGUGUGAAAAUAGUGAUGUAUUGGAAUACCAAAUGAUAUAUAACCAUAAUGCAUGUUAUAAAUCAUAUACUUUGAUUAUAUUUGUAUUGAAAUAUACAUAAUAGAUAUACUUCACAAUGAGA